AUGCCAUCAAAAGAGUGCUGGCUGGGGCAGAAAGCGAAUCGGUCUGCCGUGCACAAUUCGAAGCAGGAGAGCCAUCAGCGAGACUUCUUGAUAGCGGCCUUGGGGAUGAAGCUGGGCACUCGGAAGUCAUCUAUGACAAUCUGGCAACCUCUUAAACUCUUUGCUUAUUCACAGCUGACAUCACUUGUUAGAAGAGCAACUCUGAAAGAAAAUGAACAUAUUCCAAAAUACGAGAAGAUUCAUAACUUCAAGGUGCACACGUUCCGGGGCCCGCACUGGUGUGAAUACUGUGCCAACUUUAUGUGGGGCCUCAUUGCUCAGGGAGUAAAAUGUGCAGAUUGUGGUUUAAACGUGCACAAGCAAUGUUCCAAGAUGGUCCCAAAUGACUGCAAGCCAGACCUGAAGCAUGUCAAAAAAGUGUACAGCUGUGACCUUACAACGCUAGUAAAAGCACACUUCGCUAAGAGACCAAUGGUAGUAGAUAUGUGCAUUAGGGAAAUUGAAUCUAGAGGUCUUAAUUCCGAAGGACUAUACAGAGUCUCAGGAUUUAGUGAUCUUAUUGAAGAUGUCAAAAUGGCAUUUGACAGAGAUGGGGAAAAAGCUGAUAUUUCUGUGAAUAUGUACGAAGAUAUUAAUAUUAUCACUGGUGCACUUAAACUGUACUUCAGGGAUUUGCCAAUUCCACUCAUCACAUAUGACGCCUACCCAAAGUUUAUAGAGUCUGCAAAAACCGCCGACCCAGAUGAGCAGCUGGAAAUUCUCCAUGAGGCGCUGAAACUGCUGCCGCCUGCACACUGUGAAACAUUACGGUAUCUCAUGGCACAUCUGAAGAGAGUAACGCUCCAUGAAAAGGAAAAUCUGAUGAGUGCAGAGAAUCUGGGCAUAGUUUUUGGACCAACUCUAAUGAGAGCGCCGGAACUGGAUGCGAUGGCUGCAUUGAAUGACAUCCGUUAUCAGAGACUAGUGGUGGAGAUGCUUAUAAAAAAUGAAGACAUUUUAUUUUGAAUAUUUUGGGGGUUUUGUAAUAAAAAAGGAGGCAACGAUGUUCUAUGGAUGAAGGAAUAUUUUAAAAGUAAUUUAAUGGUUCUCGUCGCUGAAUUCCGUAUUUGCUAGAGCUUUCGAUGUAUUCAGGAUAAAAAUGAAGGAACUCUUUGUCAUUUCUGUAGUGCCAUUCAGCUGAUGUUGGAAAAGGUUAACACAUACUUUCCAGUACUAGUAAUCCUGGGUGUUUAUCAUGUUAAAGAAAAAAAAGAAAGCAAACAAAAAGCCUAAAGCUAUUGCAUGAUUUGCUCCCUGUUCUCCCUGUUCUGGUGAGACUCAUUCCAUGAAGAAAACAACUGAACUGGUGCAGCAUCUUUGUUCUGGAUAGUUUGUGAUUGUAAUUCAGCAUGUUUCUCCGUGUA